UGUGAGAUGUGCAGGCGGCGGAAGGUCAAGUGCGAUCGAACAAGGCCAGCCUGCGGUUGGUGUGUGCGCAAUGAUCGCGUGUGUGUUUACAAAGAGAAGCGGAAGGUUGUCGAGGAGAGUGAAAGAAAUGACCAGCUGGAGGCUCGACUUGGGCAUCUUGAAGCCCUAGUUCAGGGCUUGAAACAACGCGUUGACUAUCACAUUUCGCGUCAUGAUGCUCACCACGAAGCUUCUCGUUCUCCCAUGUCAAAGAGUCCCUCAACUCAUCAUGACCGACAUCACAGCUGGCACGCAACUGCGUCUCCAGAGUCUACACACUCGGAUAUGCUGUCUGAAGGUGCUCGAUCUCCCACUGUUAUCCUAAAUCGACCGAUUAAUCUCUCAAGCGGUGUGAAGUUACCGCAAAGUUUCAACUCAAACAUGAAGGCAAUCUAUGAACAAGAGAUUGUUCUAUCGACAGAUCCGGAUCUUCCCCCCAGCGACCUGCUUUAUGUUCUGGUGGACCUCUUUUUCAAACAUAUCAAUACGUGGUUUCCCUUGCUUGACCGCAAAGCCACCUUUGGAACAUAUUUUGGUUCCACAUCCGUCUCGCGAGGCGAUCGCGUGGUUUUGUUUGCCAUUAUCGCAACGACAUUGCGAUUCGCUGCAGAUGCACGCCUGACACCAAAUGUAAAGCAAAGGCUUUAUAACAGUUGCAAACAGAAAGUAGAGCUAUACGCAUUAGAGAAUGUCAACCUCUUCGCGCUGAAGGCUUUGACGCUCCUCUCGUUGGACGUUCUGGGGACUUCCAACGAACUGCAGGGACAGAGCCUCCUGUCUCUACUUGUCCAGAAUAUUGUUCAUCUUGGUCUUUGUGUUGAGAAAAACGUCUAUCUGACCUCUCCAUCGUUGUCAAAAACAGCUUUACCGCGCAGGGUAGCACUUCCAGAGCCUAAUUCCUGGAUUGAAGAUGAAGGGAGACGCAGGCUCUGCUGGAUGGUAUAUGUGUUGGACAGAUACGCAACACUAGCGACACAAUUCCAAUUCAUGAUGGUGGAAGAGGACAUGAAGCGCUUUCUUCCUUGCCGAUACGACUUGUGGUCGGGUGACAUUCCUGUGGAAACGAGAUGGCCAAAUGGCCUUGACACGACCAAACAGAGACAUACAACCAAUGCGCCUGAAAAUCUUGGUAGCUUUUCCUACCACUGCGAAGUUCUCGGAAUUUUGAGUCGCGUUCACAAUUUCCUGCUGAAACCACUUGAUAUAUACUCAAUUCAAGAUGUGCGAAGCUGGCGGAGCACCUUUGUUGUUCUGGAAGGUGAAUUAUCCACCUGGCUUCGUGACCUUCCUGCAGAAUACGGUCAGAUAUCACUAUUGUGUCAUUCUGACCCUGGAGCCAGAAUUAUUAAUUGGAUCAUGUUACAUGCUGCAUUUGUGGUAUCGACCAUUCGGCUUAAUUCUGCAGCGGCGUAUCCCGUGGUGCAAAACGCCGUGUUUGUACCAUCUUACAGUGCCAUGCAGACUUGUCUCUCUGCAGUUGAAAGCUUGAGAAGCAUUGUCCAAGACGUGAUCGAAACCAGCGGCUUAUCUUUAUUGGGGCCGCAUUUCGCCUUCUCUCUAUGGACAUCAGCGAGACUUCUUCUGGUACAUGCAGCAACCAUGGGCUGUGAAGUCGAUCCGAAGGUUGAUUUCUUUGUGGGCACCUUGGCCGAGAUGGGCCGAUACUGGGAGGUCGCCGCCACCUACUCGGCGACCCUAAGCCGAGUGACCGAGGAGGGGCGACAAGGAGACAAAACGUUUACUGAGAUGAGGCAACACGCCCAUGAACUCUCAAUGCUCUCUGGUUCGACGAGGCUCAGUGCCCUGGAGCCAACUUCGACUAGAAUAUCUUCUGUAAACGAGCUGGACUACCUCGAGAUUUUUGAUUUCUUCAACUACCCUCGGUCGGUUGACCAUGGCUCUACAGCUCCAUUCGAGAUUCACCAACAUUUAUUAGAUUAUUCCUCUGGCUCCAUCUCACUCGGUAUGGGGUUUGUAAUGCCGAGUGUAGAAUCGGACUGGCUGCAGUAUGAGACCCAUCAGUGA